ACCUCUUUUCAGCACGGCUCAUUUUCUCCCAAACGUCCUGCUGUAUAUCAGGAAUGAAUGGGAGCGUUAACAUCACAGGCGGCAGGCACAUCUUCAUCGGACAAUGAAGCAGUGAAGUGAGCAACUGGAGACAUAUUGGCGAUGUAGAAGCAGAAAUCGGCGGUGUAGAGCGCGUUUGAGGAGCUGUCAACUAGUGGCAUGCGUUUCGAAGAAAUGAAAGGCUAACCACUGGAGAUACUCAUAUUAAGUUUGUGAUGGAUUUCAAUGCAACCACCAAUUCCAGUGACGAGUUUAAUUCAUCUCAACAUUUAAAUGCAGACACUGACGAAGAGUAUCACAAUGUUCUCAUGCCUAGCAUUUAUGGUGUCAUCUGCUUUGUCGGCAUUAUAGGCAACUGCAUUGUCAUCUACACCAUUGUGAAAAAGACAAAGUUCAGGGCGCAACAGACAGUGCCUGACAUCUUCAUCUUCAGUCUAUCCAUCGCAGACCUUCUGUUUCUCCUAGGCAUGCCGUUCCUCAUCCACCAGCUGGUGGGAAACGGUUCCUGGUGUUUCGGUGCCACCAUGUGCACCGUCAUCACAGCGCUGGACUCCAACAGCCAGAUCGUGAGCACCUACAUUUUAACAGUCAUGACGUUGGACCGAUACUUGGCGACAGUUCAUCCCAUCCGCUUCAACCACAUUCGCACUCCAUGCGUGGCCGUGGCGGUCGUUAGCCUGGUGUGGAUCCUCUCGCUGCUGUCCAUCACACCGGUUUGGAUGUACGCCGGCCUCAUGCCUCUGCGAAGCGGUUCAGUAGGAUGCGCUCUGCUCCUUCCUAAUCCGGCUACAGACACCUACUGGUUUACUCUCUACCAGUUCGUGCUGGCGUUCGCUUUGCCAUUGGUGAUCAUUUGCGUGGUUUUUUUCAAGAUCCUCCAGAACAUGGCGGCCACGGUUGCCCCACUUCCCCAGCACAGUCUUCGCUUGCGCACCAGAAAGGUCACUCGGAUGGCCGUCGCCAUAUGCCUGGCGUUCUUUAUUUGCUGGGCGCCUCAUUACAUCUUGCAACUGGCACAUCUGAGCGUGCAACGGCCCAGUUACGCCUUCAUCUACGCCUAUAACAUCGCCAUUAGCAUGGGCUACGCCAACAGUUGCAUUAACCCGCUUCUCUACAUCAUUCUCAGUGAGACCUUCAAAAGACAAUUCAUCGUAGCCAUCCGGCCAGUGCACAAAGACUUCCGGGCUGAUCCGGGAACGGCUGACGGAAGCGUCAGUCUUCGUUUGGCCCCUGACGCUGUUCAGCAGUCUCAGUCCUCUCGGGAGCUGUUGCCAGUUACCGUGGCAUUACCCUGAAACUAUUAUCUCACUAGAAAUCCUGGGAAACUGCAGACACGUUUGUGUCUAUAAUGAACAUACAGCUGAAAAGAGUCCGUGGGUUUCAAUGGAUCUGUGAUUGCACAUUUUCCUUGUCAUAUUUCUGUGCAGUGAAAGAGAUAUGACACGCAACCCAAUUAGCAACACUUUUACAUCACAGUGAUUUACUACCUUUCAGUUGUACCUUUUGUUUUCUGUAAAAUAGGGCUUUGGAAAGUUUGCGGUUGGUACGAUAUAAAGUGGAGAUCAAAAUUAGAGAACAACCUACAAUUUCCUAAAUUUCAAGGUCACUGCUUAGUCCUAUUUGAAGUUAUCCUAACAAGUGGAAGAGCAGUUUAAAAAAAAAAAAAAACUUUUUCAUAAGUUAAAUACAUUCUGAACAACAGUAUUAAUAACUUAAAUGAGACAUUUAAAGGGGAAAUGAAGCUGUCAAUCAAGUUUACAUGUUUUCAGUGGUGGAAUGUAACGAAGUACAA